UCCACCGCUAUAGGAUAUAUUUUCUAUAGUAAAAAUGGGAAAAGUUUGCAUCGUAAACAGUUGCCAAAGUGGGCGUAAGAGGAAAAAACAGAAAAAUGUUACGAAAUCCGUAUCUUUUUUCCAACCAACGGUAAGUAUGUAAUUUUCACUACACCUUAUAAAACAAAGUCCCCCGCCGCGACUGUCUGUUCGUGGGUUUGAAUGUAUCUUUGCGAUAAACAAACUACUGGACGGUUUCAGUUCGAUUUUCAUGUAUCAAUAGAGUGAUUCUUGAGGAAGGUUUACGUAUAUAAUUUGUUGACUAUAGUUCGUUUUUUUUAGCAUUAGAAAGAACUUGCAAGAAGGUAAGCGAUUUUGACAUGUCUUUUAAUUGAAAAACGCUUUUUAAAAUUCAAAAACUAUUACUGAUGAAAGCAGAAGAAUAUAAAUGAUCGUAUUAGAUUCAUAAUUGUUACAUAUUUGCCGUAACUUAUUUUUAAAAUGUGUUUUUCAAUUAAAAGACACAUCAAGAUUGUUUACCUAAUUUCUAAUGCUAAAAAAAACGAACUAUAGUGCGAAGCCGGUCGCUAGUUAUUUAAUAAAAUAUUAUAUUGUGAUUUUUAUAUUUUUCUUAUAAAAUUCACAAUUUCACUUCAACAAUUCUUCAUUUUUCUAUUAAUUCUCAGACUCCGGCACGGUUAGAAAGUUGGAAAAAGUCGUUAGGAAUUGCAUUAAAAGCAAAUGAUUAUAUUUGCCAUCUUCAUUUUAAAGAAGAAAAUAUAAAUAUGUACGAAAAGUUAACUAUUAAAGGAGAGCUCAAAUAUAUUCCUACACAAAGAAAAACGCUUAAGGAAGAAGCUGUGCCCACGAUCGAGCAUCAGUUUAUUCCCAUUCCCGAACAUGAACUCCAAGCCAAUACUAUUCACAUAGAGGAAUCUUUCGAACCAUACCCCAAUCAACCUAAGGACGAGCAGCAACAACAAAUCAAUGCCGAGCAACAGGAAUUAUCAGAAGAUCAAAAUGAUUCUAAUAAUUUAAUGGAUUAUGAAAUGAUACAACAGGACUUUGCGGAACCAUUGUUUAGUCAAUAUCAGGAUACUAAUGUAACAAUUAAUCCAAUAGAGAAUUUUAAAAGUAAGUUUCGGGCAUUUUCGUUGUUGCCGCCUUUUUGGCUACAUGCAGAAAAUCCUAAUGGGCUGGAAUUUAUGCGAAUGGAUCCAAAAACUCAGAAGAUUAAACAUCAUAUACGUUUAAACGAUGAUCUAACUGUCACUGUAAUUUUUCCCAAUAAUGAACAAUUGCCACUAAAGGAGAAAAUUAAUUCAUAUAACAACACCUACGAUUACUUAAAAUCGGUUGAAAGAUGGCCUUUGUGCGUUGGUACUCAGAUUGACGACAAUAAAUUUUGUAAAGGUGUGAUUAUUGGUGAUGAUACUUACGAAAGAAAUCAACAGUACCCAAGAUGUAAAUCUUGUCGAAUAUUACGAAAUCGUUUGCAGAACCGUAAUUCCACUUCAACUCUAUUACAAAAAAUGGCAGAAGCUAAACGGCGCGCUUCAAAUCUUGUACAUAAAUGCAAGCGUCUGAAGAGGACGGUAAGUCUUAUGCCGGCUACAUACGUAACGAUAAAUCGUUGCGAUAAAACUGUGCAGUCCGACUGUGCAGAUAAAUCGAACCGUGUGUAUGACAAAUCGUUACGAUAAUCGACAAUCGGACAAUCGGACUGCACAGUUUUAUCGCAACGAUUUAUCGUUACGUAUGUAGCCGGCAUUAAAGCCGUAACAGACUACCGCACCGCGCCACGACCUUGAUGGUGCGGUUAAAAUAUCUCUUUCACGCUCCAAAUUAUAGCUACAUCC